GGAGGAGGGAGGAGGAGGACGAGAAGAGAGGGAGGAAAAAGAAGUUGGUGCUUUAAAAGAGGGAAUCUUGGAUCAGUGAUCUGCUACCUCUGCCUGUACCCCCCCUCCCCCCACAUGGGCUCCUAAUUUGGGAUUUGUUUAAAGCGGGAGACUGCGUCUAGGAGACUUUGCCUUGCUUGGGAAUAAGGGAUUCCUGCUCCUUCAGAUUCAACCACAAAAUGUCUGAUUCCACUGUCAAUGCUCACUUGGAAGGAAUCCUAUCAGACUUUGAAGCACUAAAGAGGUCGUUUGAGGUGGAGGAGUCUGACGCAUCCAUCAACCCCUCCCCUCUGUCCCGUCGGACCAACCUCCGCUCCUCCACCUCCAGCCAGCGAAGCUUCCACGACCUGGGCUCCUCCCGCAACUCUGACUACCCCUCCAGAACCUCGCCUUCUGACUCCAACCCCUGCUCCCCCAAAACCAGCCUGAGACGCAUGGAGCUGUUCGGGGGAGGGGUAGGAGGUCGUGCCCCGGAUAUAGCCUCCUCCCGCCGGACCGAGAUCUCCAUUGAGGUGUCGUCCAAGCAGAUUGACAGCUCGCCCAGCCCGGGUAUCGCCCGCUUCGGCCUGAAGAGGCCCGAGGCCCAGAGCCUUGGUUCCCGAGCUGGAGCCGCCCCAGAGAGCUCCACCAUCUCCAGCUCCAGCUCGGCACACAGACGGGCAGAGAUCUCCCUCUCCCGGCCCCACGAGCCCCCCGCGGCCCCCAGGAGGGGGGACUCCCAGCCUCCCUCAGCCACCCGGAUCCCUGACCCCCCUCAGAGGAGGACCGACCCCCCCAUGGCCAGCCCCGUGGAGGCCCCUACUUCCAGGAGACCCGAGAUGCCCGUCUUCCGACAGCCAGAGAUGGCAGCACCAACACCGGUCAGGGUGGUGGAGAACAACAGCCACCCCCCAGCUCCCAGCGGCCCCCUGCCCAGCCUGGUGGAGCCUAGGAGCGAGAGGACACAGCCCCCGGUCAGCGAGACGCCCGUCGCCAGACCUACAGAGAGGUCAGAGGUCACUACCAGCUACAGCAGUAGAGCCAUGUCUGAGGUGGCCGUGCCCGAGAUGAUGAUGCCACCCCUGGCGGUGCCUGCAGCAUGCCAGGUGGAGAAGCCUGUGCCAGGUCCUGGCAUGGGGGACUUCAGCUAUGUGGGCAUCGAUGCCAUCCUGGAACAGAUGAGGAGGAAGGCCAUGAAACAGGGUUUCGAGCUCAACAUCAUGGUAGUGGGGCAGAGCGGCCUAGGGAAGUCCACUCUGAUGAACACCCUGUUCAAGUCCAAGGUGAGCCGUAAGUCAGUGCAGGCCACGUCCCAGGAGAAGAUCCCCAAGACUAUCGAUAUCAAGUCUGUCAGCCACGACAUUGAGGAGAAGGGGGUGAGGAUGAAACUAACUGUUAUCGACACGCCCGGCUUCGGGGAUCAGAUCAACAACGAGAACUGUUGGCAGCCUAUCAUGAAGUUCAUUAAUGCCCAGUAUGAGCAGUACCUUCAGGAGGAGAUCAACAUCAACAGGAAGAAGAGGAUUCCAGACUCACGGGUUCACUGCUGCAUCUACUUCAUACCCCCUACUGGACACUGUCUGCGGCCUCUGGAUGUGGAGUUUAUGAGGCGUCUCAGUAAGGUGGUCAAUAUUGUUCCUGUCAUCGCCAAGGCAGACACACUCACCCUGGAGGAGAGGGACUUCUUCAAAAAGAAGAUCAGGGAAGAGCUACGGGCCAAUGGGAUCGACGUGUACCCCCAGAAGGAGUUUGACGAGGACGCCGAGGACCGGAUGAUUAAUGAGAAAAUCAGGGAGAUGAUCCCGUUUGCUGUGGUGGGCAGCGACCAGGAGUACCAGGUCAACGGCAGGAGGCUUCUGGGAAGGAAGACAAAGUGGGGAACCAUAGAAGUUGAGAACAUUGCUCAUUGUGAGUUUGCCUAUUUGCGGGAUCUACUGAUUAGGACCCACAUGCAGAACAUCAAGGAUAUCACCAGCAGCAUCCACUACGAGGUGUACCGCGUCCGCCGCCUCAACGAAAACAACACCGCCGUCGCCCAUGCCAACGGCCUCCCCCAACACCACAUGACCUCCCACGAGAUGUAGAGCCCCGCCCACUGUGUCCCAUGAGCCCUCACUUCCCUCCGAAAACCUUCUAUCCUUCCAUCCACCUCUCCUUCCAUCCCUCUCUCCUUCCAUCCAUCUCAAUGCCAAACCCUUCCACAGAAAGGAGAAGACACAAUCUGGGGGACUGAGGAUCAUGGUCUUAGCGCCCCCAAGUGGCCAAAUACAGACACUUGGAAUGGACUAUUGAUGCAAAUGCAUUACCCCUCAAUGAUAACCUGCUCUCUCUGACCAAUGUCUACAUUACAUACAGAGAGUGAAGGGGGGUAAAUGCUAGCUCUCACUAGCAUUCAUUCAGGUUUAACCAGGCUAAGUAAACACUAUUAAUGUACUGCAACCUCUGCCUUAAUCUGUGUGUUUUCAGUUAUUCUGUCAUCCCUCGUCUGUCGGGUUGGUUAACAAAAUAGCACUGUGAUAUCAGGCCCAUUACAUACAAGCUGUGUCAGAAGUGCCCUCAAACUUUUGUUAGGGUAAAAUAUUGAUUUCUCAUCCAUUUUAAUAUAUCCCCUGUAAUGCAUCCAUCGUUCAUUUGACCUACUAUCUUAAGGUUCUACAACGUUUAUUUCUGUUCCCUGAGCCUAGAUCAGCACUCCUACUCUUGAACGCUUCAUACACUCGGCCCCAGAACUGUGGUACUGGACCCAUAGCUACAGCAGCACAGGCACAGGACAGAUACUCAGCUAAGUAUUUAGAAGUAUGACACAUGUAAAUAGAAUCUAUUAAUUCUAUGGCAGUUGAUUAAUUUGUCAGAGUUCUGUUUGAUAAUGUCCGAGAGGGGUCAGUUGAUAGUGGUGAAUGGGGAGUGUUUAUUGUGAUGGAAGUUGAUAAUGCUGUUUGAAUGGUCAGGGUUGCAUAAUGUCAGGGUUACAUAACGUUGGGGGUGGACUGGAGGUUUUGAGUCUAGUGGACAUCGUCGACACGUCUGUAGGGCCAGGAGUUUUUCCUCAUAACUGACCAGAAGAAAAUGUUGAGCCCUUGUAACAGCCUGUAACUAGGGUCUUCUCUGAGUUGUAGUUAUAGGCUGUAACUAGGGUCUUCUCUGAGUCGUCGUUAUAGGCUGUAACUAGGAUCUUCUCUGAGUCGUCGUUAUAGGCUGUAACUAGGGUCUUCUGAGUUGUAGUUAUAGGCUAUAACUAGGGUCUUCUGAGUUGUAGUUAUAGGCUAUAACUAGGGUCUUCUCUGAGUCGUCAUUAUAGGCUGUAACUAGGAUCUUCUCUGAGUCGUAGUUAUAGGCUGUAACUAGGACCGUAAGUUUUUCCUACUAAGGUAACUCCUGGUCCUACACAUGUGUAUGAUGCAGAGUAAGGGGAACUCUCCUGUUGUUUCUCUGAUCAUUGAGGAGCCAGUGCUUUAUGCUUUGGGCUGAUGACAGUACAGCGAUACACAUCCCAGUCGUCCUAUGGUGGUAAUAUAUAUAUUGUUUUUACAUGGCUGCGUCGUUGUACAGGUAAUACUAUCAGAAAUAUAGAUUCCACAUGCCCUCAGUGCCUUUUUAAUUCCAAAUAAUAGAUGUCAUUUUGGGGUGUUUUUUUUAUAUACAGAUAGGUUUAAAGAGUGAUUUAAAAUAAAUAGUAUUUAUGCACAUUAGAAAGAUAAGAAGUGUACCACCCAUCCACACACCGUAGUUGUCCUGAGCCGAGAGCACUUAGUCAGUUUAUACUGCCCAAGUCAAGUGUUUAGGGAAAAACCCCUGGUCCUAGUUAUGUGCCAUGUCUCUCUGCCUUGGACAACACUAUUGCCUUCUUAUUUAUUGGAGACUGUCCGCUAGCACAUGGUUUUAAACUGGAAGGACAACAGUGAUAAUUAAGGCCCUGAGUUUUUCCAAACCAUGUGACCUGAUCAUGAAAUACACCAUAGACUAUAAGUAGGGACCUGAGGUUUUCCUAGUCAGGCCAAAUGGUCUGGAAAAACUCCUGGUCCUAGUACUGACGUGCUAGCUGGUGCCAAUCACCACAGCAGAAAACAUUAAAUUGUUAUCAAGUCUCUUUAUAUCAUGUUGUGCACCCUGAAGCUGAAGUCCUCCUUUAAAACUCUUCAUUCUCUCUUUUUCUCCCACUAUUCUCUUGUUCUUUUCCGCCGUUUCUUGGAUAUCACCCAGUAACAGUAAUAUGUGGUGUUUUAAAAGUUGUAUUUGUUUCUGUUUCAAACUAUAAUCCUCAACUUCCAAACGUCAUCGUCGUCAUGCUCUGUCCUGUAUAUUCAUUGUCAGAUAAAUGUUUGUACUGGUAUUAAUAAUAACAGAAUUUGCCUUUUGAUAUUGUGUUAUUUUAAAGAAAUAAAGAUGAAAGUUGUACAUAGUCA